CCUGAAUAAUGCAGAUAUGUUGGAAAAUAAAAAAUUAACAAACAUCACUCAGUCGCCGACCUACCAAAUGAUACAUGACGAAGAAUGGAAAAGAGGGAAAGUGGAAGAACAUGGUCCUUUAGAAGAACAUGUCUACAAUGUUGUUCCUCACGGCGGUAAUUCUUAUAGACACGAAAUCCACCAAUCAGAAAGCUUUAAAUCUAUCAUGCAUGACUUGAAGGGAAUAUCUGAUAUGUGAUAGGGAACAGUUUCCUCUGUCUUACGGAAAAAAAUAUCAAAAAUAAGAAGAAAAAUCAGAAGUAAGACAAAAAUUAAAACGUGCCAAUUCAAAUGGUAAAUAUGGUGUAUAAUUUUGUAUAAUUUGAAAUGUAUUUAUAUAUUUAUUGAUUUUAAGUUCCAGUAUAUAAAUAAAACGUAUUUAAUAUACAACAUACCAUAACCAUGUGGUUAAAUAUUAUGGUGGUUUUUCCUCCCAUGUAGAUGGUUAAGUAAUUUUUAUUAAAGUCAAAAUUAUUAGUCAAACUAUUAAUUUUAAUUACUACAAGCAAUAGCCAGUGUUCGUUAAAUAGUAUGUGGUUUUCUAUCCCGUUGUAGAUGGUUCAGUAAUUUUCAUUGAAGUCAAAACCAUUAGUAGAACCAUUAAUUUAAAUUACUAUAAGCAAUAACCAGUUUUGGUUAAAUAUCUUGGUGUUUAUUUCCUUCCCUGUAGGUGUUUAAGUAAUUUUUUUAAUAAAGUCAAAACCAUUAGCAUUUGAUCUAAAAUAAAACACAUGAUAUAUCCUAUAUGAUUUCCUAUUUUAAAAUCUAAAAUUUUCCAUACUAUUUUAAAGAAGAAAAAAAAUUCCACUGGUACAGUAAAAAGAAAACUUAAAAGACAAAUUACUUAUAAAUGAUAAUAAACAAGCAUUUAUUAAAUAAUCUUCGAGAAAUAAAUUUUGGGCAAAGAUAAACCUAGCUCAUUGCUCUAUUUCUGUAACAGAAUUGUUUCAUAGUAAUUUUAAGAACAUAAAUGGAAAAGGACUUUAAAAAUAUAAAGAAUUAAUCCUUAGGAAAUAAAGAGUUUCCCUCAGGUACAACUGUCACUUUAAUUACUAAAAACUCUAAAUGUUACAGUUUUUAUACAUUAAUGUUUAGCAACCAUUUUAUUCAGAGAUUUCCAUGCAAACCAUAAGUAUACAAACCAUAGGUUUUGUCUUGUAAAUUUAUAGUGGUUGUGCCUGUUUCUUAAAUCAUUGAAAGAAACCUGAGAGCAAUGGGUUAAAAAAAAAAUGCAACAAAAAUUUAUAAAAACCAGUUUCUCUUUAAGUUUAAACUCCAGAAUAUAAAGAAAUCAAACAAGCUUAUGAUUUGAAAUGUCAUUAAACUACAGUAACCUUCAGCAUAGAUAAUAAAAAACAUUUUUAUCAUUAUUUUAAAUCCAGAUAUUUUAUCAUCGUUUUCGUCCUAAUGAAGUAAAAUAUUUAUUUUAUCACACUUUGCUGUAUCCAUGUCAAUAGUAGAUACAUAAAAGAACCAAAAUUCAACAAAAAUUUUGUAUUAUAGCCCUAACAUUAAAAACUAUGUCCAAAUGCCUUAUGCUCAAAAAUUACCUUUCAAAAACAAAACAUAUAAGCUUUUAUUGUUUACUACAAUCAAUGUUAUGAUUGAAAGAAAUAAUGUUACGUGACAUUUUUUUUACGCUUAACUUGAAAAGGAAGUAAAGUUCACACACUAUAACAGGAUAUUUAACUUUGAUAGAAAGCAAAACUUUCCGAAAGUAAUAAUGCUAUGAAAAAAUAUUUUUACACAAAGAAAUGAACUACACUAUUGUAGUCAACAAUGCCUGAAUGUUGCAUUCUAGUAAUCUAUAGUUUUUUUUAUUAAAUGACUGCACUAAAAAAUGAAAUUAUCACUGCAACAGUUGAUAAAUGGUGAUAUACAUUUAAGUUUUGAAUUGUGUUUUAUUUUUAUAGUUGCGACUUAUAAUGGGUUGUUCUCUUAUAAAUAUAUCUAUUAUGUACAGCUAUCUAUUUGAAUAAAAUUUAAAAAAACUCA